UAGGUUUGGUGGAGUCAUCUGCCAACCCAAGUCGAUCCCCGUUUUUUUGGUGGAAGGGUCAUAUGUACGGUCAUACCCGAUGGUCUGAGCACCCGAGAGGGCGGGUAGAGCAAAGACCAGACGGGAGAGGAAGAAGGAGAAAAAAGUCUGCGUGUUUACAGACAACCCGUAAAGAGACGCGUUCAAAGACGCGUCUCUGUUGACAUGUGUGGUGUACACAGAUACACAAUGAUAUGGAGUACAGCACAGUCCAGUGGACAAACACUUUUGACGGGUUGCGCCAUAUUAUUGUCAACGAUGUGGAUGGAUGCACGGAUGGAUGACCUACAUACAGUAUUGACUUUUUUUUGGUGGCGCGAUCCUAUCGAUAAACAUGAGCCCUCAACGAUUCACCACCGCCUUCCGUGGCUUGCCUGCCUCCACAAAGUCUGUGGGCUGUGGACGUGUGUGGACUUUGGUCUGGUCAUGCCACAGAGUCUCAAAAAAACGUCAUUGUUCUUCUCUCGAUGAUA